AUGGCCGGCCCUGAUCGUCGUUCGUCUUCAGGAAUUGACAGGAGGGCAUCGGCACGAAUAUCAAUCAACGACCAACUCGACGAUGACUAUGAUUUGGAGGCAAUGGGAAUAUCGGAUGGCUUCAGGCCGUCCAACCCUGGAGGAUAUAACGGCAUGAUGAGCCAGCAAAGAACGAUGGCUCCAGAAUCCAAUGACACGUUAUUACGACCACGGCCUUCAAGUAUCUCCAAACCGAGUGCGAGCGACAAUUUCGCCUUACGACAUGACGGUGGGAUGGGAGCGGAUUCGACGAGCGAUUCACACAGUGCAUCUGGAUCAAGUUCGAUGCCGACGAGAGCCUCAAGUGUGUCGACCGACAUGGCCUACGUGCGACCCGAAAGUCCAUAUCGAGGACCGACGGGCCCUUCACACCCUUAUCAGAUGUAUCCCCAAGAAUCACGACUUGCCAGAACAGCAAGCAUGGCAACUACUUCAACCGCCCCUAUCACCGAGAGAUCCUAUGCAGGCCCGAGCGGCCCAACACAUCCAUAUGGUAUGUACCCUCAGAAUAUUGUUGCAGAAUCGGAAGCUGGAGAUCCGCCGCCACCACCUCCACUUCCCGUUGGAUUUCCUGGACUCAAUAACAAUUAUCAACGUCGCCUGGGCCCUGAUGGAGAGGAAGCUGCGGGCAUCAUUGGACCAGACGGCCACACAGAGGAGCUGCCACCAUAUACACAGUAUCCUGACGAAGCGUUUGCUAGAAAGACGAGACCAACUGUAACUCUUGCGGUACCUAAUGGAUCAUCUUCUGGCCCAGCUAUGGCCAUGGCUCCUGGUGCUGGAGGAAUAGGACUGGCCACCCGAAACCCUGAAUUCGCUUCACAAGAAGACUUGAAUUCUCCCCAGUCUAGAGGGAGCAUAAUGUCUGAUCUAAGUGGACACAAUGUCAACACCGCAGCCGCGAAUGCAGCGAUUGGAAAUGAAAAGCCGCAAUUGAAGAGCUGGCAAAAGGCGGCACGAAGAAAAGUUUGCGGCAUCAUUCCUGUCUGGGUCUUUGGUAUUAUCGCCAUAUCCUUUAUCUUCUUUGGAAUCAUCCUCGGCACGGUUUUAUCAAUUCUGAAGCCGAAACACUCCAAGAACUUUGGUGGCGAUUUAGAUGGAGAUGCACCUGCUGAAAUUCAAAACCCUUCAUCUUCGGUAUCAAUCACCACAAUGACUACUACUUAUGAUGCUACUCCACUUACCAGCAUACCGACGGGAACACCUGAUUUACCAACAGGCGAGUUUAUAAUUCCAAUCACAGCUCCCCAAUUGAGUCAAAAUACCUGCCUCGAGAACACCGCACAAAGCAAUGCGUGGAGUUGCACUGUACCUGCAGCAUCUGGUCCACUACAUAUGACGCUCACCCAACUCGCCGGUAGUCCUGAUCCUCUAAGCAAUAUCGAAAUGAUCCUAGAGUAUGGUAACGAUUCUGAUACUUCCUUUUCAUAUGGCGCUCAAGCCCCGCAAUUUCAAGAGCAACAAGUCCUAAGGCUAGUCAAUGAUGUUGAUGAGACGAGUCGAGGCCCAGCUUGGUGGUUCCAAAUGUCAUACAACAAACUUGUUAUUCUGAAAAAUACCGAUCUCGCCAUUCCAUUAGGUAGACGCGAGAUUCCACAUGGCGUUGGCGACUUUAGUGGCCGCAAAGGUACACUUCAAGUAGAUGAGGUGGCGUGGUUCUGUUAUUGGAAUGGAACCGUUCUCGAGGCUUUCAUAUAUCCUAACCAAACUACCGCAUACGGCAGUAAAGUAUCCGCGAUGGCCACGGCUACAUCAUCUUCGCCAUGGACAUCAUCUGGGUACGGGGGAGCGAUGCAAACAGCGGCCAGUUCUGGUAAUUCUUACCAAGGAUAUGGGUCGCCAUACACUCCACCGUAUUCAAGGGUUGUCAAAAUCGAGGAGCAUCGCAUGUCUCAAGGGCCACAAGUCAUCUCACCCUAUUGCAUGUUGACGCAAAUCACACCUGGAGGAUCUAAGCCUGUGAUGAACAGUACCGGUCAGCCAACCAUGGUAUAUCUGAAUGAGACCGCCUCGACAACCUUUUCCAAACGAUCUGUCAAUCUAAACAAAGCGGAAGAUGAAAUCGCACAACGAGAUAUUUCACUACAAAGACGCGAGCCUGGCUCCGAAAAACAGUGCGGCUGCGUGUGGUUAUACCAGUAG